AUGCUAGUGCGUUGCAUCAAAAUUCUCGUAGCUGUUGUGCUUAGUUUGACGUUUACCAUUUCCCUGUCGAAGCUGGUGCUGUGCAUUUGGAACGGGUGGUUUAAUGCGGACGCCGCGGAUUAUGAAAUUUUCGCAUCCUACCCGGGCGCUGGACGUCUGGGACCGUCGCCCACCGGCCCGUCGUUCUCGUACGCGGGUGGGUCACGGCAACGGCACACCCCUACCAUCGUGGACGAGUGGCUCGAUCACAAUCAGCUGGGGAAGUACAAACAACUCUUCCGUGACAGAGGUAUCUCGACGCUCUCGAGCUGCGGAGAUCCAGAGCGCCUGCCGGAGCUACCACCAGGAGAUGAACAGCGUCUUCAGCGAGCUGCCUUGAAUCUACAACAGAAAUUAAUACUUCGCGAGUGGCUUAAGGAGCAUCGACUGCAGCAUCAUUAUUCCAGGUUGGUUGCCAUCGAGGUUACGGCACUGGAAGAUGUGUACUGGUUGGAAGAUUCCCGGGCGAGCCAAAUCCUUGGCAAGGACUGGCCCAUCUGGUCGAGCGCGCGCCAAAAACUGCCAACCUCCAAAGCCAACCUGGAAGCCUUAAAAGCCGACCUGUGGUCUACGGUUGUGAAGUCGAGCCAGCAUCAGGAUGCCUGGACGUGGGGUGGUAUGCUUGUCGUGUCGGUUUCGGUGGCCGGUUUGGUUACGCUGGCCGCCAUGACACAGCCUUCGCUCGCACCGGAAGCACGCCACUCGCUGCUGCAGUACGUGACCGGGAAGUAUCUGCUGCCGGCGAACUGUAAGGUGCACUGGGACUGGACCGACCCAGCACGGGUCGGCGGCACGAUGUGCUUUACCGUGCGGUUCCACCAGCGCAACGGCCAGGCCUAUCCCAUCUGUGAUACGGAUCAGUUUUUCGUCGAGGUUACCGAGGGUACGCGCAAGAUAGUGACGAUCAGUGAGCUCGGCUCGCCGACCGAUCCCAACAAUGCCAACAUAGCGAAGGUGAAGUUUACGGUGCGCACGGCCGGCCAGUACAAGAUAUCGGUACUGAUCGGGUCCAGCCAUAUCGCUGGCAGUCCCUUCCUGAAGACGUUCGCUCCGGGACCGAUGGAUGCGCGCCGGUCGAGACUGAUCCGUCCGGCCAGCACGGUGGUAUGCUGUGCCGGUGCGCCCACCUUCCUGCACAUAGAGCCUCGGGAUGAGCAUGGCAAUACGUGCCAGUUUGAGAUGGACUGUGAUCCGAUCAAGGGUUACAGCAUCGACAUCUUCGAUCUCUACGGUAACCAUAGUGAUAAGUUUGGAAGUGCGGUCAGCUUCUCGUACGAUAAGGUAAACGCACGCAUUAGUCUUACGGCUCUGUUUCCCGAGCCAGUGUGCCUCCGGGCUGUGGUAAGCUAUGAAACUCAACCGAUCCCGAACGGAGACUUCGACAUCAUUGUGCUGAGCAGCAGCGAUACAACGCUCGUGCACAAGAAUAUUGCCUCGCGCAAACACAACAUCUGCUAUGAGGCCAAGCUGUUUAGCAUCUACGGCCAGCAACGGUGGACCAAGCCCCGCAAAGUGCUUUGUUAUGUUGGACCGAAGCAAGUCACCAUUAAGGAGAUGAUCCUUAAAAUCAUUCCCAAGCGUAUUGCAACGUUUCGUCUCUGUCCUUCCACUAAAUUCCAUUUUCUUCCACCAUCAACCAUACAAAUGAACAACAGCCACGGUGCGAUCUUCAUCAUUGACGAUGGCUGCCAACCAAAGAUCGAGUUGGCUUCCAAGGAGCGUAACGUCAUCGCGGCCACGUUCACACACUUCCUGCUGAAGAAUAUCGGCGGCUCGGAAACGUUCAAAGACAAGCAAGACUUCUUCUAUCAUGAAGUACGUAAAUUCCAUUCCAACUAUUACCACGAGAAGCUAUCGCUGAAGGUGCAGCGGGACAAAAUUCUGGAGUCAAGCAUGAAGGCAACUAAAAACUUUUCAGUUUCCGAUUGGUGCGGUAACUUUGAGGUUACAUUCCAGGGAGAACAAGGAAUCGAUUGGGGUGGCUUAAGACGCGAGUGGUUCGAGCUGGUAUGCAGUGCGCUAUUUGACCCCCGUGGUGGUCUCUUCUGUACAUUCCACGACAAGCGACAGGCACUGGUUCAUCCGAACCCGAACCGUCCACCGCAUCUGAAGCUGAAGCACUUCGAGUUUGCGGGCAAAGUCGUCGGCAAAUGUCUGUACGAAUCGGCUCUCGGUGGGACAUACCGACAACUUGUACGGGCACGUUUCUCACGCUCGUUUCUGGCACAGUUGAUCGGGCUCCGAGUGCACUACAAGUACUUCGAGCAAGACGACCCGGAUCUGUACCUUUCGAAGAUCAAGUACAUACUCGACACGGAUCUGGACACUAGCGACAAUUUGGAGCUCUACUUCGUGGAAGAGGUGUACGAUCAAAGUGGACAGCUGCAGAAGACGAUCGAACUGAUACCGAACGGGGCCAAGGUGCGGGUUACCAAUGCUACCAAGAACCAGUACCUGGAUGCGCUGGCACAGCAGCGUCUGUGCAACAAUGUACGUGAGGAAAUUGACAGCUUCCUGAAGGGAUUGAAUGGCAUCAUUCCCGAUAAUUUGUUGAGCAUUUUUGACGAAAAUGAAUUGGAGUUACUUCUUUGCGGUACGGGAGAGUACUCUAUCGCUGACUUCCGGGCGAACCAUAUCGUAAACGGAGGUUCGGCUGAAUUUCGACGAGUGCUUGGUUGGUUCUGGGCAGCUGUCGGUAACUUUUCCCAAACCGAGAUGGCGCGUCUACUGCAGUUUACUACUGGCUGUUCUCAGUUACCUCCAGGAGGCUUUCAGGAGUUGAAUCCCAGGUUUCAAAUCACUGCAGCUCCCACAUUUGGUAAUCUUCCAACGGCUCACACUUGCUUCAACCAACUCUGCUUGCCGGACUACGAAGGCUACGAGCAGUUUGAGAAGGCUCUCAUGUUCGCCAUCAGUGAGGGAACCGAAGGUUUUGGCAUGGUCUAA